CGAGUCUCUGUCAUCCUUGUGGCUUUGCAGAAGGGCACGGAGAGGCCGAAACCCGGUGAAGUACAAAUUGGCACUUCACUCUUCAAACAUGUUGUCCAGACUCGUUUUUCUCUCAGCAAACUCUCUGAGAAGCAGCGGCCUCAUUGGAGCUGGUCUGGUUCAGGCGUCUCGCUCCCUCCAAACAUCCUCCCAGAGAUUGGCCCCCGUACCUCCUUUGCCAGAGCACGGAGGCAAAGUCCGCCAUGGCCUCAUCCCAGAGGAGCUUUUCGAGUUCCUAUAUCCAAAAACCGGAGUCACAGGACCAUACAUGCUAGGCACUGGGCUUAUCGUCUACUUGCUUUCCAAAGAACUCUACGUCAUCAACCAUGAGACCAUAUACGCCAUCUGCAUUGGCACAAUCAUCGUCUAUGGUGUCAAGAAAUAUGGUGCAACUGUUGCAGCUUUUAUUGACAGUAUAAAUGAGGAAAAAGUGGCCAAGGCCCAGGUGGCGAAGGACUCCCACAUAUCCUUCCUGACUGAGGCGAUUGAGAAUGAGAAGAAGGAACAGUGGAGAGUUGAGGGACGGGGGAUGCUGUUCGACGCCAAGAGGAACAACGUGGCCAUGCUGUUGGAGACCAACUACAGGGAGAGGCAACACAUGGUGACCAACGAGGUAAAGAGGCGCCUGGACUAUCAGAUUGCCCUUCAGCACCUGAACCGCCGCCUGCAGCAGGAACAUAUGAUCAACUGGGUGGAGAAGAACGUCAUCAGCAGCAUCACUCCUCAGCAGGAGAAGGAGAGCAUUGCCAAGUGCAUUGCAGAUCUCAAAGUGCUGGCUAAGACCACCCAGGCCAAAGCCGCGGCGUAAUCCUCCCUGAUGAAGCCUAAUCGGACCCUCGGCUCAAAGCUUCUAGACGAGGCGUUAUGUUUAUUUUACAAAGUGAACUAUUUCUCUUCAACAGUUGUCUAUGUCAACAUUAUGGGUGUGUACAGUAUUUACACGUCAUCAGACGGUAAAAUAAAUGGUUCUCUUAUUCAACCUAAA